AUGCAGCAUCUCUGUGAAAUUAUCCUCAUCUUCCACAUCAGCAUCAUCAUCUCUGAAGCGCAGCCCGUCUCCUCAAAGCUUCACGAUGGUUGGUGGGCUUACAAAGACGCAGUGCAGGGAACCUUUAUUCCAGUUCCGUCGUUCUGGGGUCUGGUGAACACAGCAUGGAACCUGUGCUCGGUGGGGAAGAGACAGUCUCCGGUGAACAUCGAGACCAGACGGCUGAUCUUUGACCCCUUCCUGACCCCAAUACGGCUCAACACUGGAGGAAAGAAGAUCAGUGGUACGAUGUACAACACGGGUCAUCACGUCUCCUUACGGCUGGAUAAAUCCCACCUGGUGAACGUGUCCGGGGGUCCGCUCAGCUACAGCUACAGGCUGGAGGAGAUCAGGCUGCACUUCGGCAGCGAGGACGGUCAGGGCUCGGAGCACCUGCUGAACGGACGAGCUUUUCCGGGAGAGGUGCAGUUAAUCCACUAUAAUCAGGAUCUGUAUUUAAACUACAGCGACGCUGCCAGAAGUCCAAACGGCAUCGCCGUCAUCUCCAUAUUCAUGAAGAUUUCAGAGCCCACAAACUCGUUUCUAAUCCGAAUGCUGAGCAGAGAAACCAUCACCAGAAUAACAUACAAAAAUGAUGCGUACCUGCUGACGGGUCUGAGUUUAGAGGAGCUGUUUCCAGAAACGUCCCGGUUUAUAACGUAUGACGGCUCGAUGACCAUCCCUCCGUGCCUUGAGACCGCCACCUGGAUCCUGAUGAACAAACCCAUUUACAUCUCACAGAUAGAGAUGCAGUCUCUGCGUUUGCUGAGUCAGAAUCAGCCAACGGAGAUCUUUCUCAGUAUGAGUGACAACACCCGGCCGGCUCAGCAGCUCCAUCAGCGCUGCAUCCGCACCAACAUCAACUACAACCAGCAGGGGCGCCACUGUCCCAAUAACCGGCUGCUCCGCCCACAGUACAGGGUGAACGAGUGGCUCCUGAAGUAGUGGUUCUGUAACGGAUCUGCGGUUCAGUCCUGCAAUAAGAACACUAACGAGGAGGAAAUCAGUCCCUACUUUUAUACCUCUUUAUAUGUUUAUAACACUCUGAGGAGGACGAGUCAGACAUCCUGCACGUCGCUCUCUAACGGACAGACGGGCUGCCAGAUCUGAACUCAUCAAUAAUGGUCUCAGAGGAUCAAUUCUGUGUACUUUAUCUACACGCAGUGGGAAUAAACUGAUCUCUGGUAUGGGGGGACGUGGGGGGCUCCUGACUCUGUGGUGGACGUUCUGAGCAUGUUGCCUUCUUUCAUUGUUUACAGUGUUAAAUGAUUGAGUGAUAUCUGUCCAAUAAACCUUAGAGGUCAUUAA